CCCUCGGCUCUCCGCUCCCAAACUCUCCAAACUCAAACGCCGCCGAGAGUCGAGAGGCGAAACCCAAAGUCCCAAACACACACACACGGAGAAGAGAAGAAGCGCUUCCCGGGCGACGGGAUGGACGUCUCGGCCGGCGGCGGCGGCAACUCCCUGCCCACCACCGGCGCGGAUGGCUCGAAGCGCCGCGUCUGCUACUUCUACGACUCGGAGGUCGGCAACUACUACUACGGCCAGGGCCACCCGAUGAAGCCGCACCGCAUCCGCAUGACCCACGCGCUGCUCGCCCACUACGGCCUCCUCGACGAGAUGCAGGUGCUCAAGCCGCACCCCGCCCGCGACCGGGACCUCUGCCGCUUCCACGCCGACGACUACGUCUCCUUCCUCCGCUCCGUCACCCCCGAGACGCAGCAGGACCAGAUCCGCGCGCUCAAGCGAUUCAACGUCGGCGAGGACUGCCCCGUCUUCGACGGGCUCUACAGCUUCUGCCAGACCUACGCCGGCGGCUCCGUCGGCGGCGCCGUCAAGCUCAACCACGGCCACGACAUCGCCAUCAACUGGGCCGGCGGCCUCCACCACGCCAAAAAGUGCGAGGCCUCCGGCUUCUGCUACGUCAACGACAUCGUCCUCGCUAUCCUCGAGCUCCUCAAAUACCACCAGCGUGUUCUCUACGUCGAUAUUGAUAUCCACCAUGGGGAUGGCGUGGAGGAGGCGUUUUACACGACCGACAGGGUGAUGACAGUCUCAUUCCACAAAUUUGGGGAUUAUUUCCCAGGGACAGGCGACAUUCGUGAUGUUGGGCACUCCAAGGGGAAGUAUUAUUCCUUGAAUGUCCCAUUGGAUGACGGCAUAGAUGAUGAGAGUUACCAAUCGUUGUUCAAGCCAAUCAUGGGCAAGGUUAUGGAGAUUUUCCGUCCUGGUGCGGUGGUGCUCCAGUGUGGAGCAGAUUCCUUGUCAGGUGACAGGUUGGGCUGCUUCAACCUAUCCAUUAAGGGGCAUGCUGAGUGUGUGAGAUUCAUGAGGUCCUUUAAUGUUCCGGUUUUGCUGCUUGGUGGUGGUGGAUAUACCAUAAGAAAUGUUGCACGAUGUUGGUGCUAUGAGACAGGAGUCGCACUUGGUCAUGAGCUCACUGACAAGAUGCCGCUAAAUGAGUAUUAUGAGUAUUUCGGUCCAGAUUAUACUCUUCAUGUUGCACCAAGUAACAUGGAGAACAAAAACACAAACCGGCAAUUGGAUGAAAUAAGAUCAAGACUUCUUGAUAAUCUUACAAAACUCCGACAUGCCCCUAGUGUACAGUUUCAAGAGCGACCUCCUGAGGCCGAGUUACCUGAGCAAGACGAAGAUCAAGAGAAUCCUGAUGAAAGGCAUCAUGCUGAUUCUGAUGUGGAAAUGAAUGAUGCCAAGCCUCUGGAGGACACUGGAAGGAGGAGCAGUAUUCAGAGUGUGAGAGUUAAGAGAGAAUCUGCUGAAACUGAGUCGACAGAUCAGGAUGGUAGUGUAGUAGUAGCUGUGGAACAUGCAAGGGGCACAGAGCCACCUGUCACCGAUGGAGUUGGCUCCUCUAAACAAACCCCUCCUAUUGAUGCAAGUUCGAUGGCCAUAGACGAGCCGGGUGCUGUGAGGCUUGAACCAGAGAGCUCAAACAAGUUACAGGAACAUCCUGCAAUGCAUCAAAACAGUCUCUAAGCUGAGGCAGAGAGUUCAAGCAAUCUGCUGCACUAGGUUAUCUACCAGAAUCCAAGAUGAUCUCUGUACCUUGGGAACUGGUGGUGCUUUGCACAAUGCUAAAUCUGUGAUUUCUACAUAGAUGAUGGUUGACUUAUCAGUGCCAUUCUUGAGCAUUAAUUUAACUCUGGCUGCUGUAGAGCAAUCGAUGCAGUAAUGCAGUACAAUUCAACGCUUACCGAGGAAGAUGAAGUUUUGGCGCAUCUUACUUAGAAAAAUGUAUAGGUAGGCGAGGCUUUGUUUUGGUGGGGGCUGUCUUCUCAUGUAGUAUGACAGAAGGGUGAUCUUGUAGUUGGUUAGGAGGAUUACUGCUAGCUGUGUUUUCAGUGCAAGUCUGUUUCACUGAAAAUAUUGUAUUCAGAAUGCAAGUCCAUUGGGGUAUUGUGUGUUACUCAGCUAUUUCUGUUCUUACAGUCUAAUUUCACAAUGUAAGUCCAUUGGGGUAUUGUGUGUUACUCAGCUAUUUCUGUUCUUAUAGUCUAAUUUCACAAUGCAA